CUCAGUUUCACCGCUUGAACUUGGGACCCACCGCUGCCCUCAGCUCCGAGGCCCAGGCAAGCGCAGAGCCAGUGAGUGCAGGAGGCGGGUCCUGGGCGCGAGAGAGCGGCAGUCGGCGCGCUGGGCAUGAACCUGGAGGGCGGUGGCGGCCGAGGCGGAGAGUUCGGCAUGAGCUCAGUCAGCUGCGGCAACGGGAAACUCCGCCAGUGGCUGAUCGACCAGAUCGACAGCGGCAAGUACCCCGGGCUGGUGUGGGAGAACGAGGAGAAGAGCAUCUUCCGCAUCCCCUGGAAGCACGCGGGCAAGCAGGACUACAACCGCGAGGAGGACGCCGCCCUCUUCAAGGCUUGGGCUCUAUUUAAAGGAAAGUUCCGAGAAGGCAUUGACAAGCCAGAUCCACCGACCUGGAAGACACGUCUACGAUGUGCUUUGAAUAAGAGCAAUGACUUUGAGGAACUGGUUGAGAGAAGCCAGCUGGACAUCUCAGACCCCUACAAAGUAUACAGGAUUGUUCCCGAGGGAGCCAAAAAAGGAGCAAAGCAGCUCACCCUGGAGGACCCACAGAUGACCAUGAGCCACCCAUACACCAUGGCCACUCCUUACACCUCACUCCCAGCUCAGCAGGUUCAUAACUACAUGAUGCCAUCCCACGACCGAAGCUGGAGGGAGUACGUCCCUGAUCAGCCACAUCCGGAAAUCCCAUAUCAAUGCCCUGUGACAUUUGGACCCCGAAGCCACCACUGGCAAGGCCCAGCUUGUGAAAAUGGUUGCCAGGUGACAGGAACCUUUUAUGCUUGUGCCCCGCCUGAGUCCCAGGCCCCUGGAAUCCCCAUAGAGCCAAGCAUAAGGUCUGCUGAAGCCUUGGCGCUCUCAGACUGCCGACUCCACAUCUGCUUGUACUACCGGGAGAUCCUGGUGAAAGAGGUGACCACAGCCAGCCCCGAAGGCUGUCGGAUCUCCCAUGGGCACACCUACGAUGCCAGUAACCUGGACCAGGUUCUCUUCCCCUACCCGGAGGACAAUGGCCAGAGGAAAAACAUCGAGAAACUGCUGAGCCACCUGGAAAGGGGCGUGGUCCUCUGGAUGGCUCCAGAUGGGCUCUAUGCCAAACGGCUGUGCCAGAGCAGGAUCUACUGGGACGGGCCUUUGGCACUGUGUGGCGAUCGGCCCAACAAGCUGGAGAGAGACCAGACCUGCAAGCUCUUUGACACACAGCAGUUUUUAUCAGAGCUGCAAGCUUUUGCUCACCAUGGCCGCCCGCUGCCAAGAUUCCAGGUAACGCUGUGCUUUGGGGAAGAGUUUCCAGACCCUCAGAGGCAAAGGAAGCUCAUCACUGCUCAUGUCGAACCUCUUCUAGCCAGACAACUGUAUUAUUUUGCUCAACAAAACAGUGGACAUUUUCUAAGGGGCUAUGAUUUACCAGAACACAUUAGCAGUCCAGAGGAUUAUCACAGAUCUAUUCGCCACUCCUCCAUUCAAGAAUGAAAAAACAUCAAGACGUGAUUUUGUUUCAUUGUAAAUAUCUGACUUUGACAAGAACAGCUGAUUGAACAACCUCUUUUUCUUUUGAGGAAUUUAGGGAUUGGAACUUCAGUUCAACACUUGAGAAUCUCAGCAAAAAUAUGUGUGGAAAAUCCGCUCCAUCUAAUUGACAGAUGAGCUUAUUCCAAAACAAAGGAUGGUCUUCAGGGUAUUCUGCGGACUAUUGUUGACGAUAACUGUGAAAAUUACCCAGAGGGUGUGUUUACAUUUACUUAAAUGCUAUCUCUAAUUUGAUGUGGAUUAUUUCUUGCUUGAAGACUGGGAAAACUUGUGUUUCAAUAUUGAUCACUAAUUAGAGUGAUGAAAGCACUUAAGUAUUGUACUAUUUCUCAGGGAAGUAAAAUCUAAAUUGGAGGCUAGUCUGCCCACAAAAGAAACGGAUUAACACACGUAGGAGAUAUUGCUCUUAUAGCACAUGCUUGCUUGUAGAAGGAAACAGAAUCUUUGACUGAAGUCGGGCCACGAUGUCUCCAGCUUUGGGAUGGCCCAUCUCUCCACCUGGCCUGGGUCUCACCCCACGGUGGGCUUUCAAGCCUUGCCUUUUGCUGACCCUGCUUGCUUUCUCUCUUUGGGUGUCCCUGGAAACCAGUUGGUAGACUCUUGCUUUUUUCUUGAACCAAAAAGCAUUAGGGCUACCCUUGAGUAGUAAUUUUUUUUAAAUUGAUGUAAAAUUGAUACGUAACAUUAUAUGUUUCAGGAGUACAUAAUUCAACAUCUGUAUGCACUACAAAGUGAUCACCUGCAAAAUCUAGUUACCAUUUUCACCACACAAUUGGAUCCCUUUACCAUUUCACGGCCCCCCAACCCUGGUAACCAACAGUCUGCUCUCUGUAUCUAUGAGUUUGUUUUUGUUUAUUUGUUUUUAGAUUCCAUUUAUGAAUGAAAUCAUGUGGUAUUUGUCUUUCUUCAUCUGACUUAUUUUGCUUAGCAUAAAUCUGCAUUUAUGCGAAUGGUCCAUUUGCAUUGUUGCGAAUGGAAAAAUUUCAUUGUUUUUGAAUAAUAUUCAUAUAAUAUGCAUUAUAUAUGUGAAAAAAAAUAUAUAUAUAUAUA